AUGACAUUGUCGUUUAUAGCAACACACUGGAAGAACAUGCUGAACACUUCCAGUGUGUUCAAGACCCUUCGUGAAAAUGAGUUUUAUAUGAAAAAGGAAAAGUGCUCUUUUGUUAUGAAGGAAGUCUCCUUUUUAGGACAUGUUAUCUCACAUGGUUGCCUUAAGAUGGAUAAGAAAAAGGUACAAGCUAUAAAGGAAUGGGAGCCUCCAACAUAUGUGGCUAAGCUAUGGUCCUUCUUAGGAUUGGUAAACUAUUAUCAGCGAUUCAUCAAAGGCUACUGGGCAAGAGCUGCCCCUCUUACAGAGUUGUUGAAAAAGAACAAGUAUUGGGCUUGGACAGAGGAGUACCAACAAGCCUUUGAGGACUUAAAGGCAGCUGUCAUGAAAGAACCAGUGUUGACACUUCCUGACUUUUCCAACCCUUUGAGGUACAUAUUGAUGCCUCUGACUUUGUUAUGA